AUGACCAAACAGUUAUUCCGUCAUUGGUUCUAUGAGGAAUUUGUCCCCGCAGUGCGGAAAUUUUCUCUCGAGCAAGGCUUUGAACCAAAGGCAUUGCUCGUGCUUGACAAUUGUACCAGUCAUUAUGAUCUAGACGAUCCUCUGCAAAGUGAUGACGGGCUGAUUCAGGUUAUUUACCUUCCUCCAAAUGUCACCUCUGAGUGUCAGCCAAUGGACCAAUCGGUUAUCAAUGCAAUGAAGCGGAAGUACAAAAGAAAACUGAUGUUGAAGCUGAUCUUGGAAAACGAGCAUUUGACAUUCGAAGAUCGUUUGAAAAAGAUUACCCUUCAGCAGUGCGUCGUAUGGUUGGCUUCUUCUUGGGAUGAAAUUUCCGCUAAUACCAUCCGGAAUUCUUGGCGCAAAUUAAUCGAUGAUUUGCCGAACGAUACUACCGACGAAGGGACGAACGCAGGCGAUGCGGAUUUCAAAACACUCAUUGCGAGUAUCGACCAUCUUUCAGGAACUAGCACAUCUGACGAAGACAUCGAUCUGUGGAUGAAGGAUCAAGUGUAUGAUGCUGACCAUAACCCAGAUUGGGUCACCAGUGAAGUGUUUUCAGAUGAAGAGAUCUUGUCAUCCGUCCUUCAUAAAGGUCAACCGAAAAUGCACGAGGAAUGGUUGGAAGAAUCGACAGAGAACAGUAACAACUCUCUUGAUACUUCCGCUACAAAUACCGAAGAUCCAGAAUUUGGAGACGCAAUUAAGUCACUUGAUUGCGUAAUUCGUUUUGUGAAACACGAUGCAGCAGAAGUUUGUCGUUUGAACGCUCUACGCACAGAACUCAUUGAAGCGGAAUGGCUAAAACGAACAUGUUGA